GGUACACCCGGUUCUGGUACGUUGCACUACAACGAGGCCGUCCUCUUUUCACUUGGCCCGCUGGGCAUGCACGCUCAGCCCAAUGGCGCUCAGUAGUACUUAUCCCGCCGUCACUAUCUCUAUCAGAAACACAUCCACGACCCAAUCCUCACUAGCUACUUAGUCGCUUUGAAGUAGUUGAAAACUAAGACUAGUCACUAGUUGCAUAGACGCUCUUCUCCAUCGUAUAUCCCCUCUCAGCGCGUCUGCUCUCCACCUCUCACGAUAUAUCAACGACUUAUACCCUCUCCCCCCCGAUAACAAAACCCGUCUGAGAAAACGAUGCGGAAAAGUGGUCCCAUGCACCUGCUCGCAAUCCCUCUCCUGCUAGCGCUCUCAGGCGCUUUCUUACCCCGGAGCUACGCCCAAAACUUGACGGAUGCACAGAUAGCUGCCAUCACGGAGAAUCUCGCGACUGGGGCUACGCACAGCUGGGAACUCGGCACCCGCGCCGAAACCCUCACCGAACUCGACUCUCCCUCCCUCUCCGUCCUCACCACCGGAGCCUCCCUCCCACCCCCCACCUCCCUCAACUCCACCCUAAACAGCACCCUCUCCACCGUCUUCUCCAUCGCCCGCUCCGUCGUCUCCAACCGUAUCUUCUCGAACCGCAAUGCGACGGGCGCGCAGCCCUUUAUCAGUGACGGCGCGGCGGGCGAUCCGGCGAGUGUGGGCGUUGCGGUGUUGUUGGCGAAUUGGACUGGUUUGGGUUCGGGUGGCGAUGGCGGGGACGAGGACGGGGAAGAAGAGGUGGAUUAUGCGGGGGCGGCGACGGAUCAGUUGAAUUAUUUGUUUGAGGUGGUGCCGAAGACGAGCGAUGGGGCGAUUUCGCAUCGGGUGGCACAGGUGCAGCUUUGGAGUGAUUCGGUGUAUAUGGUCCCGCCGUUCAUCGCGUACUAUGGAGUCACGACGAACAAUGAAUCCAUGCUCGCCGAGGCGUACAAUCAGAUAAAAUUGUACCGGAAUUACCUGAAUGAUGACGACGCGGGUGGAUUAUGGAAACAUAUUCUUCUUGGGACCGAUGACAGCGAUGCGUCGAAUGAUGAGGGACAUUGGUCGACCGGCAACGGAUGGGCGGCGGCAGGGAUGUUACGCGUGCUCGGGACGAUGCAGAACUCGCAGUUUUCGGGCUCGUUCAAGGAUGAGAUGAAGGAUCUGACGAGCUGGGUGUUGGACAUACAGAAAGCGAUGUAUGCGAACAUCCAAUCGAACAAUCUCUUCCUGAACUACGCCGACGACAACACCUCAUCCACCAAUUUCGACGACGCAGCCUCCACCGCACUCCUAGCCGCCACAGUCUACCGUCUCUCCCUAAUGACGAACACGCACACCUACCUCCCCCACGCCGAAGCCUGUCGGUCCGCCCUGCUCGCCACCUCCACCUCUUCCUCUUCCUCAGCCUCCACCUCCUCAUCCUCUGCAUCCUCUGCAUCCUCCGCGUCCUCUGCAUCCUCAGCAACCGCAACCGCCUUCAUCAACGCCGCACACUUCACAACCGACGGCUGGCUCACCCCCGUCGUCAAUCCCGACGCCUACGGCUCCGAGGGCAGUCAAAGUCCAGAAUCGCAGGCGUUCGUGCUGCAGAUGCAGAGUGCGUGGCAGGAUUGGGUCGAUGCGGGGUCGGUGGGGGCGAAUGGGGCCGUGGGGAGGAUGGGUGGAGGGAUGGGGGUUGGGAUGGGUGUGGUGGUGGUGGGUGUGGCGAUGGGGUGGGGUGUUGGGGGGUGGUGAGGAUGAGUCUGUGUGUUGAGGGUGAGUCUGUGGGAGUGGGAGUGGAAUGGGUGGUGGGGGUUGUAAGACUAGAGGACGGGUGGAGGGCGGGGCGACUGUUUUGUUGGAUUUUCUUUUUAUUACUUCUUUCUGGGAUCUGUGCGUUUGUUGUCUUGUUUUUUUUUUUGCGCGUUUGCGUGCCCUGCUUUUUGUCGGGACUGGUUGUUCAGUGUUCAGUGCUCAGUGCUCAGUGCUCAGUGUUUAAUACUGCUCGUCGACCUCGUUUCGGUUUCUUUCAUUCAUUCAUUCGUUCUCUCAUUGACAGUGUGUUUACUGUCCACUCGGGUAUAUAUACUUUAACCCCCACCCCCGUCCCUCCUCUUCUCUUUCGGAUUGAUAUUCGAACUUCAAGUCACUUCGUACUUCUGCAUUCUGAAUCACGGUUCACGAAUUUUCGUAGUUCCUGUCUUACUCUACUUGACAGCUACACUCAGACUGUAACUCAGACUCACACUUGCGUUCGGACUCCAUAGGUCCUUUCCUUUCCGUCCCUUCGUCUUCCAAAGUUCAACUUGGAGGCCUGCGUACAUCCUUUUUCUCUUUCUCUUUCUCUUUGCGGGUUCGAUUUCGAUUUCGAUUUAUUUUCGUGCAUGGCAUGUAUAAUUAUCUCUUGCUCUUUUUGAUCUGUUCUCGGUCGUCUUUGUACAUACUGUGUCGCUUAGUGACUUAGGUUACCCUCCCGGCCACGCAUUGUUCCUUUUCCGAGACGAUGUCGAUGUCGUUGAUUUCUCGUGGCAAUCUCAGAUAUGAUCGC